AUGGCUCGCGAAGUAGACGAAGAACGCACAACAGCACUGGCCCAGGAGCAGAACUCCAAGCCAAAGAACCGCAAAGAACGCCGCCUAGACGCAAAACAGAACGGCACCCCCAUCUCAGCUCCAACCACACAACCAAAAAUCAAACUCGCCCAGCCCGAUCGUUCAGGACCCCAGACCAAAACCCUCCUCCAAAUCUACGACGAAAAGAAAGAACUCCUCUCCAAAGGUCAACCCUUCGAGGAACAAUCCCAAUCCCACUCCAUGACCUCCACUGGCAACAUCCUCGACGUAGGCCUCGGCGACAAUGAGCCCAUAGGACCAUUUGGCGAUGCCGUCUUCUGGAGCAUCUGUCUCACAAUGUUCCAUUUCACGCUGGAUGUGCUGGUGUACAACCAGUACGCGCAGGAGAUUUUGUGGGAUGCGAUUUUCAGGCGGAGUGGGACGGUGCUGCCGAUUUUGUUCUUGGUCGUGUUCAUGGGGAGGUCGGAGUUGGCGAUGAAGUUGGGAAUCGUGAGGCAGAUUCUGUUCUUCGCGGUGGGAACUGGGGCGGGGUGUUAUUUGAUUCAUGCGGGCAACACGGCGGAUUAUUUUGCGGUUAUGAAGCAGGCGCCGCCACUUGGAGCUGUGUGGGUUUACGCUGUGAUUGAGAUGGAUUUGCCGUUUGCGGUGGCGAGUGUGCUCUUUGACCUGGGGUUUUUGUUGUGGAAUGGGUAUUCGUUGUUUUGA